AGCCAUUCUAGCCCUCUCCUCCCUCUCAGCAGCCCUCUCCAUAACCUCAACAAACCACUGGAACAUCUCCACAGAUGUCGAAGGCUCUGUCCACCUCAAUGGCCUCUCUUUCCAGCAACACGCCCUGACCACGUUCAACAACCACCAAUAUGUCGCCUUCUACAACACCUCCACCGGCUACGGCAAGCACUACGUCAACCUCGGCCGCCGCCAAAUCUCGCCCUCACUAACUGACUGGCAAUUCUUCGCGUUCGAGGACUACACGCAAACCACACGCAAACCACACUCGAUGAACACAACACCAUCAGCAUGGGAAUCAGCGGCGACGGCAAGAUACACCUAAGUUUCGACCACCACGACGUACCCAUCAACUACCGCGUAAGCAACACCGGCAUUGCCACAACAACAACCCCAACCUGGUCCGCAACCGCAUUUAGCUCUGUCCUCCACGAGCUACCCGGCAGCACCGGCCCAUGGACACCCCUAACAUACCCGCGCUUCGAGCGCAUCACCAACGGCGACCUACUAAUGGAGUUCCGCACCGGCCAGUCCGGCGCAGGCGACUCCUAUAUCCACCGCUACUCCUGCACGACCGGGCAAUGGCGCAACGUGGGAAAAUACCUCCAAGGCACCGACAACAACGCCUACAUCAACGGCCUCACCCACGCAAACAACACCCUCUUCACCUCCUGGACUGUCCGCGAAACCCCCGACCCAGUAACGAACCACGACUUCUACUUCGCGCUCUCGGAGGACGCGGGCGUGAGCUGGAAAGACACGAAUCGCACCCCCGUCGCGCUGCCCAUUACACCCGAUACCCCUGGCAUAAAGGUCUUCGCAAUCCCGCAGAACAGCCAGAUCAUCAACCAAGAAGCGCAGUGUGCGGAUAAACACGGCCGCUUCCACGCACUCAUGCGCGACAACUCAACAGGCACGGCAACGUUCUACCACUACCUGCGCACGCCCACCGGGCAGUUCACUAAAACCGCGAUCGUCGCACCAGGCCUAUCCUCACCGCCGUACCUCUCGUAUCGCGGGAAGAUCGCCGCCAUAGGCGAAAAUAUAAUGGCCAUCCUGCCCGAUGUGGCGAGGGCGACGGUGGGGAUUUGGGGCGCUACGGCGGGAGCGGGGUAUGCGGAUUGGGUGAAGUUGGGCGAGAUUGGGAAUAUGGCCGGUGAGCCGCUUGUGGAUGUGGAGAGGCUGGGGGGGUAUGGCGUGUUGAGCUUGUUUGUUAGGCAGGGUGGGGCGUUUGGGGAGAGGAAGGUGCAGGUUUGGGAUUUUGGGUUGGGGGUGUGA